AUGUCCGUCAAGACCUUAGCCGUGCUGAAUGAAAGCGAGCUUCAAGAUGGACAAAUGAAAGAGGUUCAGUUCGAGUCCGGAAAGGUUCUGUUGUCGAGGCUGGGAGAUAAGAUUCACGCGACGAGCGCGUUCUGCACCCAUUAUGGUGCACCGCUUGUCAAAGGCGUGCUGACCGCCGAUGGAAGAGUUGUCUGCCCUUGGCACGGAGCCUGCUUCAACGUAUGCACCGGAGACAUCGAGGACGCACCCGCCCCGGAGGCCCUCCAUUUGUUCAAGGCUCACAUUGCAAACGGUAAGAUAUACGUAACGGCCGACGCUGCUCGGACGACGCCGGAGAAGAAGUCGCGCCCUCCGACGCUUCUCACAUCGGGUGGCGAUGUUGGGGGCCCUGGAGUGGUCAUCGUUGGUGGCGGUUCCGCAACAUUUCAUGCUAUUGAAAGUCUGCGAGAACAUGGAUUUAGAGGUCCGAUCACCGUAUUAUCAAAGGAGAAGCACGCUCCUAUCGACAGGACCAAGCUAAGUAAGGCUCUUAUUACUGAUGCUUCGAAGAUCGAAUGGCGUACGCCUGCGGAUCUCAAAAUCAAAUAUAAUACCACUCUUCGAACGGACGCAACUGUCACCUCUAUUGAUGAAGCCACAAAGAAAGUGAUACUUGACGAGAAGGAACAGAUACCAUACGAAACUUUGAUUCUCGCAAGUGGUGGAAUUCCACGGCGGCUUCCCGUAGAAGGGGCCUCGCUUGAGAACGUAUUUACGCUGAGAAGCAUCCAAGAUGCUCAAAAGAUUGAUGCUGCAUGUCAAGAAGGCAAAAAACUUGUUGUCAUAGGCAGCUCUUUUAUCAGCAUGGAACUUGUAGUCGCUGUUUCGAAGCGUAAACUCGAGUCCAUUCAUGUUAUUGGAAUGGAGGAGUAUCCGUUUGAAGCUGUCUUAGGGAAAGAAGUUGGAAAGGGUCUCAAGAAGUUUCACGAAUCUCAAGGUGUUAUAUUGCACUCUUCAACUUCUGUGCAGUCGAUUCGUGCGUCCUCAUCUGCACCCCAUCUUGCUGCGGAAGUCAUCCUCGCAUCGGGGGAGGUGAUUUUGGCGGACGUCAUUGUCAUGGGUGUCGGCGUCCGCCCUGCGACGGACUACUUACAUGCAAGCGGGUGGGCGCUCGAGCAAGACGGGAGUGUGCGCGUAGAUGAUCAUCUGAAGGUCAUAGGAAAGCAGAAUAUUUAUGCGGUGGGAGACAUUGCAACAUAUCCACAGAUUGACGGGGAGCCGAGGAGGAUUGAACACUGGAAUGUUGCUGGUAAUCAUGGGCGAGCAGUCGGGAAGACGAUUGCAGGACACCCACAGCCGUUUGUCAAAGUGCCCGUAUUCUGGAGCGCACAGGGCCAGCAGCUGCGCUACUGCGGCGUCGGCGCCGGGUAUGAUGAUAUCCACGUCAAGGGAGACCCUAGCGAGAUGAAGUUCAUCGCGUACUAUUUCAAGGGCGGAAAGGCCGUCGCUGUCGCCAGCAUGCAGAACGAUCCUGUGGUCUCAAAGGCGUCAGAACUGCUACGAUUGGGGUUGAUGCCGACUCCUGAGGAACUGAAGGCCGGAAAGGUUUGUUCUCAACUGUUCAAUUCCCUUCGAGCAUGUCCGCUGAACUAA